AUGUCAGACGAUAUCCAGCCCGCACUUAGCGCGGAAAAUUUGAGAGUAUCAGACAACAAAUCCAGCAGAACUCUGUCUUAUGCGAUGUCAAAAGAGUCCCUAGAAAAGUCAUCCAAGAACGUCCACUCAGUAGGGUCGAUAUCGUGUAGGAUUUGUCACACAAACACAGUGAACGAAGGUCUUAUAUCACCCUGCAACUGCAAGGGAUCCCUGGCAUACGUACAUCUAUCUUGUCUGGAGAGAUGGUUAAACCAAUCGAGCAGGAGUUACUGCGAACUGUGUUUGUACCAAUACAACGCCACAUCGACCAAAAGAUAUAAGCUGUGCGAAGGAUUCUGGCUCUGGAUCGGCCAUCCUAGGAAUAGGAUGCACUUUAAAUCCGAUUUGCUAAUAGCCGUUACUCUAACUCUGGUCACGAUUGGACUGAUUGUGUCCUGUGCUAUGGGGAUGGAGUAUUUUUUAAUAGAAGGCAAGAAAAUAGGUCUUCAGAAGAACUGGAUGAAGGCCAUAAUCGUAAUCUUUUUAGUAGUGGUUGGUAUGGGCUAUGCGGUUACUAUUUAUUUGAUAAUCAAGGACCAAUUCUUGCCGUGGUUCAGGUGGUGGAAGAAUACUGUCGAUAUACAUCUGCUACUACCGACGUCUGUGAUAUCAGAAAUCAAAAGGAAGCAUGAACGUAUUCUCGAGACGCAGAUUUAG